AUGUUUUCAAGAACUCUAUUGAGAAGCGUGCGCGUGAACAGAAGCUUGUUGUCCCGUCAGGGUUCAAGCGCUGUGAGAGCUAUGCCAAAGCUAGCUCAAUUCCAGGCCAUAAGAAAGUACUCCGACCACUAUGAGAACGAAACCUUCGAGGAAUUUACAUCCAGAUAUGAAAAAGAAUUCGAGCAGGCGUACGACUUAUUCGAGGUGCAGAGAGUUUUGAACAACUGCUUCUCGUAUGACUUGGUGCCAGCUCCAGCUGUGGUGGAGAAGGCCCUGAGAGCGGCGAGAAGAGUCAACGACUUGCCUACCGCCAUCCGUGUUUUCGAGGCGCUCAAAUACAAGGUCGAGAACGAGGACCAGUACAAGGCUUACCUGGAGGAGCUGAAGGACGUCAGAGAGGAGCUCGGUGUCCCGUUGAAGGAGGAGCUUUUCACUGAAGAGGAGGCUCAUUAA